UCCUAUUUGAGAGCUCCAACUAACUUGUAUAUUAUUGUUCAACAAACAAUCAUCUCUUAUUUUUAAAACUAAGUCUUUACUGAAAUCAAGAAAAUCAAAGAAACAAGAUGAGCUUAGGGAACUUAAAGGGAAUUACCAAAAGUUGAAAGAAUCUGAAUUCUGAAUUGACACCUCAACUUCACCUACUUUGCUUCCCUUUCCAUCUAAGCCCCCCUUAGUUUACACUCCUUCCCAACCACAACAAAAGAGCAUAAACAAGGCAAAAACACUUGAUGGGGUUCUUUCUUUUGCUCUCUUAGUUGAGAAAAAUGGAACCUUUCUUGAUUCUAAGUGUUAGUAGUUAGUCUUAUAGUGCAAAAGUUUGGUUUUUUUUCUUUCUUUUAACAUGGGAUCUAUUGGAAAUACUAAUCCAUGGGCACCUUAUGAUAGUUAUAAAGAUUGUUCACAAGGUAUUUGUAGUGUUUAUUGUCCACAAUGGUGUUACUUUCUUUUACCUCCUCCUCCUCCUGAUGAUGAAGAUGCAUCAGAUGAUUCAGCCACAGCUUUCUCCCCUCUCAUCAUAGCGAUCAUCGGUAUCUUGGCAAGUGCUUUCCUUCUUGUUAGUUACUACACCAUCAUUACUAAGUAUUGUAGGAGGAGGAGGAGCAGAAAUGGUGCAACAGAGUUGGAAGCUAAUCGAAACGAGACGCCUCAAGAUCAGUGGCAACUUGCUGCUGUUGCUGGAUUGGAUGAGUCUACAAUCAAGGCUAUCACAGUGUGUAAGUUCAAGAAAGGUGAAGGAUUGGUUGAAGACACUGAAUGUGCUGUUUGUUUAAGUGAGUUUCAAGAAGAUGAGAAUCUUAGGCUUUUGCCUAAAUGUAGCCAUGCUUUUCAUCUCCCCUGUAUUGAUACUUGGUUGAAAUCUCAUCCAAAUUGCCCUCUUUGUAGAGCUAAUGUAGUAUCUCCUCCUGCUCCUAGUACUACUAGUAGUAGUCGUCCGCCGUCAUUGCCUCCUCCUAUUCCUUCUCCAAUGACCAUAAAUGCUCUUCAAUUUCAAAGACAAAAUGACUUGACCUUGUUGGUAGAUCAUGAUCAUGAUCACGAACGAGUACUACAUCGCGAUGAGGUUGUAGUCACCAUUGUUUGUGAUGAUGAUGUUUCAACAAAGAACAACUCAGGGGAGAAUUCUGAAUUCAGUGGUAAUAACAUUAUUGGAAAUGAAUUCAGAAGAUCAACCUCUUUAGGUGCAUUUUCAAGACAACAUCUUUUUGUGUGCAAUCCUGUUUCAAUGAACAGAUCUGUCUCCACAGGAAGAUUCAUAUUUUCUUGAUAAACUAUGUAAAUUCUUCAAGUAAUACCAACACAUGAAAUUUAAUGAAGUCUAAUUUUCUUUA